UCUCUCUCUCUCUCUCUCUACAUUCUCUUUCUAGAACAAGCCAUGGCUCGGAACCCUGCGUUCGCUUUUGCAUUUCUGUUCUUCAUAGCGACCGGCGUCGGAGCUCAGUCUCCGGCUUCUUCUCCGACCAAAACUCCGGCGGCUACAGUGACUCCUUCCUCACCUCCUGCGACUGCGCCUUCGAAGCCUACAUCUCCGGCCCCAGUGAAGACACCUUCGAAGCCUAAAUCUCCGGCUCCCGUGACAGCUCCAACUUCCUCACCUCCUAAAUCUCCAGCGCCUUCGAAGCCUAAAUCUCCGGCGCUUUCGAAGCCUAAAUCUCCAACUCCUGUGAUGGCUCCAACUUCAGCCCCGCCUACAGCGAUCUCAGUUCCUCCAGCUACGGCUCCGACGACACCAACUGUUCCAGCUCCUGUAUCAUCUCCGCCAGCCAAGACACCAGUGAGCUCGCCACCGGCUCCGGUUCCGAUAAGCUCUCCUGCUACGGCUCCGGUCACCACGCCAGCUGUUUCUCCGGCCACCGCGCCAGCUGUUGCUCCUCCGGUGCCGGCUUCUUCUCCUCCGGCUGUGGCUGUUCCAUCGCCGGCUCCGAGCAAGAAGAAGACUAAGAAGAAGCACAAUGCACCUUCGCCGGCACCGUCUUCAGAGAUGCUCAGCCCUCCUGCACCGCCGAGCGAAGCCCCUGGUCCGAGUUCUGACUCGAUCUCGCCCGGUCCAGCUCUGGCAGAUCAGAGUGGGACAGAGAAGUUGAAGUGCAUGCAGAUGGUGGUCGGAAGCUUGGUGUUGGGAUGGGCUGCCUUCUGUUGGUUGUUCUAGACUAGUCUUGGUUACUACUCUCUCUCUCUGUGUCUCUCUUGCUUCUUUUUUAUCUUUUAUUUUUUAUUUUUAAAUAAUUGAUGUGUCCCCAUGUUUACUUUUGUAUAAUUAUUCAUUGGCUUGAUUUGGAUCUUAUGUGGGUAUUUAUGCACAUUGGCUUUGUAAUAUUAGGAGUGUUUGGGUCAAAAUUACAUUUAAAUGGGGACAAUUUAAAAUAUAAGUUUUUAUGGAAGUGCAAGUGAAAUUUUAUUCAAA